AUGAAGCUUUCGAAUCCAAUACACUGGCGGCGCAGUGAGGCCUCUGAACCUGAGCACACUUCAAGUUGGGUGGGAAAGCAUGAGGGCUACGACAACACCCCGCUGCCAAGAUUGACGUGGAAGGGAUUCUGGAUGGGCAUCCUCGUUUCGAUGGGUGGCUUUAUCUUUGGGUACGACACUGGUCAAAUCUCCGGAUUUCUCGAGAUGAAAGACUUCCUCAAGCGUUUCGGACAACAUCGACCAAAUGGCACACCUUACUUUUCCAACGUGCGAUCCGGGUUGAUUGUGGGUUUGCUGUCCAUCGGUACCCUCUUCGGUGCGCUUAUCGCCGCUCCCAUCGCAGACAAGAUAGGCCGAAAGAAGAGCAUCAUGUUCUGGUGCGGCAUCUUCUCUGUCGGCAUCAUCGUUCAGAUCGCCGCAACGGACAAGUGGUACCAGAUCAUGAUGGGUCGGUUCGUCGCUGGUCUUGGUGUGGGCGCGCUGAGUUUGAUCGUGCCUAUGUAUCAGGCAGAAACAGCUCCUAGACAUAUUAGAGGUGCGCUCAUCUCAACAUACCAGCUCAUGAUCACGUUUGGCAUUUUCCUCGCCGCCGUCUUCAACUACGCAGCCGAGCGCCACCAAUCCGGCAAGGCCGCCUCGUGGCAGAUCACCUUAGGUCUGUCCUUCGUUCCCGCCGUCAUCCUAUGUGUCGGUAUCUUGGGUUUCUCUGAGACACCGCGCUACAAUUACCGUAAUGGCAAGAUCGACAAGGCAACAGCGACCAUGGCCAAAGUGUAUGGCGUCCCAACCAAUCACUACAGCAUUCAGCUUGAGCUCGAGGAGAUGAGGACAAAGCUUGCCGCGGAGUCGACCAUCGGCACUCCGCUCCAAGAGUGGAUUGGUAUGUGGAAAGCGCCAAAGAUGGCGUAUCGCCUCGCAAUUGGAAUCGCUUUACAGAUGUUCCAACAGUUGACGGGUGCCAACUACUUCUUCUACUACGGCACCACAGUUUUUGCUGGAACGGGCAUCAAGAACUCGUAUGUGACGCAGAUGAUCCUGAACGGUAUCAACUUCGGCGUCACCUUCUACGGCCUCUACAUCGUCGAGCACUACGGUCGCCGUAAAUCGCUCAUCGCGGGCUCGGUGUGGAUGUUCAUCUGCUUCCUGAUCUUCGCCUCUGUAGGCCAUUUUGCGCUUGAUCGCGUCAAUCCCGAGAACACUGAGAAGGCAGCGACAGCUAUGAUCUGCUUCGCUUGCUUCUUCAUCUUUGGCUUCGCUACAACCUGGGGGCCUAUUUGCUGGACAAUUUGCGGGGAAUUAUAUCCGUCCCGUUAUCGCGCCAAGGCAAUGGCUCUCUCGACCGCAUCGAACUGGCUCUGGAAUUUCCUCCUCGCCUUCUUCACCCCCUUCAUCACCAAAGCCAUUGACUUCCGCUACGGCUACGUCUUCGCUGGCACAAACGUGCUUGGCGGGCUUAUUGUGUAUUUCUUCGUCAUGGAAGGAAAAGGGCGCACACUUGAAGAGAUUGAUACAAUGUACCUCAUGGGUGUCAAGCCAUGGGAGAGUGCCACGUGGGAAGUGCCGGACCUGGAGGAAAUGAGUGGCAAGAUGAGACAGAGGCUUGAGGCGGGAAACCCAGAGUUGGCAAUCAAGAAGGAGAUGGCGGGUGAUGAUGGCAUCGCUCAGGGUGGAACGACUGAGGUCUAUGGCAAAGACUCGGCCCUCGAACACGAGCGCGAGCGUGAUUUGAGCGACGAUAAUGUGAGCGAGACCUCAGAGCCCCAGGCUGGUGUCAAGCGGAUCGAGGCUAUAAGCCAGGCAUGGACCAAAACCUCUCUCAUCAUUGCAUAUGUUACGCUCCUCCUCAUAGCCAAUGUUACCUCUCUUGAAGGCCAAGUCACGGGCUUGAUGGAACCCUUCGCUACCAGCUCCUUUCGAAUGCAUUCCCUCAUGUCAACGAUUGCUGUUGUACAAAAUGUCGUGAGCGGUGACGCUCAAAUCUUCUACUCCGCGGGCUCCAACGGGCUUCAGAUGUUGCAACAGAUCUUCGUGGCUGAUACUACCGAUUUGCUCAAUCGUGCCCUGUUCUCUAGCUUGUUUGAUCUCCCCUUUCUGUGGACCACAUGGGCUGGACCCGAGAUCGUGGCAUUCUACAUGUCUGUCUUUCCCUACUUCUUCUCUUAUCUUCAGAUUGUGCAGGGUAGGUCUAUCGUCACUUCCGGCUACAUCACACGCGUCUUCACAUUCAGUUCGACGGUCUCGUCCAUUGUAGUGUCCCUGAUCAUCAAGUAUACCGCGCAUUACAAGUACUACAUCACAUUUGGCGGUGUCAUUUACCUUAUGGGUAUGGGACUCAUGUUGCACUAUCGCACCGAGAAUGCGACUACAGCAACGCUGGUCGGCACACAAAUCUGUAUCGGAAUCGGUGGCGGCUUCCUCAAUGUGCCCGCGCAGCUUGCCGUCCAAGCCGCAGCUUCCCAUCAACAAGUCGCCGCCGUAACCACCGUCUGGCUCACCAUCCUUCAAGUCGGUGGUGCCGUGGGAUCCGCCAUAUCCGGCGCAAUCUGGUCCACCUACAUCCCCUCCAAGCUCCAACUAUACCUCCCGCCCGACCAAACUGGUCUGUACUCAACCAUCUACGGCUCCAUCCUCAUAUCAGCGAAUUACACUCUCUACCCGGCUGGCUCGCCUGUGCGCAUUGCGAUUAACCGUGCGUACCAGGAGACAAUGCGGUACCUACUCAUUGGCGCACUCUGCUGCUCUACGCCCAUCCUGCCGUUGACCUUCUUCUUACACAACUACAAGCUCGAUGAGAUCGAUCAAAAGGUCACUGGACGGGUCAUCGGCAACGCAGAGAAGAGAGAGACAAGGCGGAGUUGGAGGUUCUGGAAGCGCUAA